CCUUAUAGUCACAAAGGUGGAGACUAAAGUCAGUCCUCUCUCCUCAGGCCAUUUAAUCACUGCUUUAUGCGGACAAGUACAAGUCGGUACAAAAGCCCUGCUAUUCCUACCUUAUUUCAUUAGGAUCGAUCGGACAAUUGAACAAGGCAAUGGAGAAGAAAUAUCCACACUUUACUUUGAGGACCUUGUUGAGCUUUCUGCUUGUGUUUUUGCUUCACAGAUCAACUGAAGCACAACAGAUAUGCUCCAUGCUUGGGGCAACGCCUCCCACUAUUAGAGAGAACAACGCUGUUGGUGCUGUUGUGACCACCAUCACCACAGACGAAGGGGUGACCCUAACUAUUGCCAGUAAUCCUGCAGACUCUUUUGGUCUGAAUGGCAAUAAUCUUAUAGCGGUAAAAGUUUUGGACUAUGAGACUAAAACGUCUUUCACCAUUGACCUUCUUUGUACAAAAGGUGACCAAUUUCUCACUCUAAUAGUAGUGGUACUUAUUGAGAAUGUGAAUGACAACCCGCCAGUAUUUGCAGAAAGCCAGUACACUCUCAAUGUCGAUGAGUUGUCACCUGUAGGCAAAAGUGUCGGUGCAAUUGUAGCGACAGAUGCAGAUAAGGAUCGACUCUAUUACAGCCUAGUGCCAGAUACAGAGGGUUUUAGACUGCAAGAAAACAGCCCAAAUAUACUAGUGCAACAUGUUCUUGACUAUGACGCAGCGACAAGUGUGACACUUAUAUUAUCUGCUCAGGAUACCCUCACAUCCACACCACCUUCAUUCACUGCCACAGCCACUAUCCAUGUCAACAUCAUGGACAUUGACAACCGUCCACCAUGGUUUCAGCCCUGCACAGAAACCAUAGUUGACAUGUCCAAAAUCUGCCUCAGCUCUGGAUAUACAGGAACAGUCAACUUAACAGAGCAAGUGGUUGGUGCAUUGCCAUUGCUGCCAGGUCCGGUGCAUGCCAUUGAUGGUGACAAAGGCUUAAAUGUGCCUAUAAUGUACAGAUUUCCAACUGGGUCUGAAUCUGACAUUUUUCAGAUCAAUCAGAACACUGGGGACAUCACCAUGUCGAAGGCGGCAGAUAUAGCGGGCCCACUGACCUUAACAGUUUUGGCUUUACAGACAUCCAACGGCGACCAGUUUGCGACCACAACGGUCACUAUCGUUGUUGUGAAAAAGAGUGUGAACCCGCCGCAGUUUGAGAAGAUGGAGUAUGAGGGCUUCAUCUCUGCAGACGCGGAUGUAGACAGCAUGGUUCUGGAGAGCAAAGCCUCCAACAGGCCACUCAAGGUCCAGGCCAAGGACACAGACUAUGCUGAUGGCAUCAACCCUGAUGUGAGAUAUGAGGUUCAGGGAAGCACUGAAUUCUCCAUUACCCCGCAAGGCUUCAUCCUCAUGACUAAAAACGUUAUGCCAGGCACUGUUUCCAUGAAUUUGCAUGCCAUCGACUCAUCCAAUGCAGAAUCAACUACAGCAUCUCUCAAGGUGGAGGUCAUGCCAGGGAUUACAACCAUGGCCCCAACCACCACUGACAUGGCCACCACUGACAUGGCCACCACUGACAUGGCCACCACUGACAUGGCCACCACUGACAUGGCCACCACUGACAUGGCCACCACUGACAUGGCCACCACUGACAUGGCCACCACUGACAUGGCUACUGCCACCCAUGCCGCCAUCAACUCCACAACAGAAGGGGUUCUUGGGGCCCCAGGUGGGUAUGGUCCCGGGGACAUGGCUGCCCUGGGUGCUAGCCUGGCUGUGUUACUGGUCAUCUCUAUGGUCGUCAUCGGCCUGCUCGUCUUCCGCAUCCAGAAGGGCAAGACAGAUUGGAGGAAGCUGUCAGAGGCCAACAUCUUCCGUAGCUCUCUUGGGAAAGGUCCCGGCGAACUCAAGGCUGGGGUGCAGUACACCAACGAGGGCUUCCAGAAUGAUGGAGACACUAGCAGCGUGGGAUCCAAAGGCCCAGAGGAGAUGGAUGGGAAGCGGUCCAUCGGGAAUGGAGUGACCUCCAGAGCUGUGGAGGAGAAUGUCAUGAAGGUCUCGGCUCCACUGUACUCCAACCUUCUGCUUGACACCAGCAGCCUGGCAGGGUCUGAUAAGGCCGACAGCGAGAAGGAGGUGAAGCCCAUCCUGACCAAGGAGAGGCGUGUGGAGGAGGGCUACAAGUCAGUCUGGUUCAAAGAGGACAUCGACCCCAAUGCCAAGGAGGAAGUGGUCAUCAUACCUGACAAUGGGGAGCGGGAAGGUGACGACGAUGAUGAUGAUGAGGAAGAGGAGGGGUUUAGAGAGGAGGAAGAAGAAUAUGACAACUCGUCACCACAGACCCUAAAGGUGUUGUUCUCUGAUGCUGAUAUGGAUGAUGGCCGUGGAGUGAGGUUUGAGGAUUCUGAGAAAGAAAAGAUCCAGACGUCUGACCUGUGAGGAGUAGAGGGGUAGGCCUGCACUGGAUUUAGCUUGCCUUGUCUGUUUGGGUGGGUGAGGUUUUCUUUUUUCGUUCAGUUGUGCCGGGUAAGCUAAAUAUUGCUCAAUUGGGGCCCCAUUUAUAAUUGUUGUGUAAAUUCCACACUAAAUAUCUGUGUGCGCCAUUUCUGUCUAAACAUAUUGAGAUUUCUAAACUUGGUACAUGCCCUACAAACACAUUUCUACCAUUAUAAUUCAGACCUGUCGUUAAACUGUGCACACAUGGACAAGCAUUCUAACUCUGUCAGAAAAAGUCCUUUCAUUCACCUUUUAUAGUGACAAUAACGCCCUUUAUUUGCUGUAUAAUUUGGAACUAUUGGAAUUAGGCCACGUAGGUUUCUGAAAGAAAGAGUAAUGGCAAAUUUGAUGACAUUUUGUAGAGGUGUGUGCAGAAUGUUUUAGUUUUUUACAGUGACUUUUUCAAACUUAACAUUCAUGCUGCCUAUAGUGAGUGCCAAGCACUUUAUUGAUUGUAUAUUCAAAACAUUUUACUUUGACAGUAUGUGUAUAGGCUACAGUAUUGCUGUGCAAUAGGAGCGUGACAUCAUAGCCUGUUUAAGCCUAUACCAAGACAGGAGAUAGAAACACAAUCAUCGAUUGGUACACUAAAUAUUGAACAACAAUUUGUCUUUUGCGUAAAACUGUGGGCUGUAGCAUUUGACUUAAAACUACUUUUCUAUUUACUGUGUUGGCAGACUGUUUUAAUCUUUUGCAGUAACAUUCUGUAUUUAGCAAAGAACUGUGACAAUUUCUGAAGGAGAAAUUAUGGUAAAUUGUUGUGGACCUGUCAGCAGAACGUCUGACCUCAACAAUGUUUUACGUUGACUCUCCCCCCAACCUAAUAUGCUGGACUGCCCGGGAAGGCGAGACAUUUAUUCUGCAAUGGUUAUGAAAAUAAAAUAAAUAGGAAUAGAUUCCUAUGUCUAAUCAUUCAACAACAAAAAAAUGAACAGAAAUUGCUUCAUCUUGUUAUUAUGUUUUUAUGAAUAAGCGUGUCAUAAUAGCAACCAUUUGCACAAAAUACUUAUGCCUUGUUCACAUGCUAUUACUGGCCUGCUUGCAAUGCAAUACUUUAACCACUAGACAAUGUGUGUGCGUGUGGUGUAAAGUUUGCGUGGAGGGACAUUCUCAAGUUAAAUUUGGAUAAAUGCCCAAAAACUGUUUCGGGGUAUAUUUUGUAUGUACGCAACAUUCAUAAAUGAGGCCUCUGAAGUGCUGUACUGUAUGUGAAAGAAAGAAAUGCUAUUUUCUGCACCAGGAUCCCACCUGUCUGAAGCAUCACAUCAACCUUUUACUGCAGUGGGCUAAAUCAGGGUCACACAGAGUGUUAGUGUUUCUUGGUAGUCUUAAUCUACUUUGAAACAAAGAAUACACUUCACACACCUGGUUAUGGGCUUAAAAAAAGAAGACACCUGCAUCAUGUCAGAUAUUGAGUUAAAAUGUAUUCAAUUUUGAGCAUCCCAAUAUUACACUUUAUAUACAUCACAGCAGAUUGAAAUAUAACAAAACCGGUUGACGUAGAAACACUGGAUUUUUAACAGGUUUUUUAAAAUGAUGUUUAUUAAUUAUGACAUUUUGAAAAAUAUGAAUAACAUUUUACCCAUGAGGCCACUAGAGGGCGAUUUGGUCAUUUGACUGCAGGAAUGAGGUUUUAGACUACUAUUUUAUUGGACAACAUGUUAGAACUUCUGCUGCUUUUUCAUCAAUCCUGGAAACAUUUAGUCCUGCCAUACUUGCUCUCCAUUAUUAAUCAUGUGGAACUUUGACCCUAGUACACAUCGGAGUCAUGCUUCCUUGUUGCUUACCGAAACUCUGCUGUUCACUAAUCAGUAACUCACUUUAUUGCUUGAUACAGUACUAUUAGAAAAUGUGUUAUCAUACACAAACACAAACAGAAAAAAAUAACAUUAAGUGCAAUGUUUACUCAUUUUGUUUUCCCGUUGUUCGGGUAAGAUCAUUCAUGGCUUGAACUUAAACUUUCAACUUUCUUGUAUCUUUGUAAAUAAUGGAUGUUAAAAAUUAAAUUAUUUAUGUAAUAAUAAAGAACUCAAGUAUGAUUUGACAAACCAAAUAUCAAAUGAUCAUGUCUCACAUGAGUUUGAUAAUACAGACACCUGAAUGUAAAAACGUGGCAGUACAGAUGCUGAUAGCAACAAGUCCUCCAUUGUUAGUGCUUGUUUAUGAUAAGGCCCUGGUUACCAGCAGUCUGGGGCUGUAAAAGAGCAAUAGACUGAUGCAAACAAGUGCACUUUGUACUCUAAUAAAAUAAUCAUCCAUGUA